AUGCAUAAGCUUGGCAGGAAAGCACGCUCUAAGACCGGCUGUCGGACUUGUAGAAUCCGCAAGGUGAAAUGCGACGAGGAAAAGCUGUCCGUGCAAGGGCACCGGGAACCGCAAUGUCGACGAUGUGCCGCCGCCCAAAUACUGUGCGAGUGGAAGGGCGGACCCAUCCCACGGAGGACCGCAGGGCCGUCCAAGAAGAGCCAAGCCACGGAGCACCCACGCGCCGUGAGGAAAGCGACACACUCCCAAGCCCAAGCCCAAGCCCGUCCGUCGGCCGCCGUGCCUUUGCUGCCCGCGCGGGACUCGUCGCCCACGGCGCUCCAAGCCGCCAAUUCUCUGGCGCUGUCCGACUCUGACCGGACCUGUCUGGCCUAUCUCCAAGAUUCCGCCCUGGUGGUGAUUCUUGGGAAGCAUUGGCCGUGGUCCACCAUGUCUUAUGCGUACCAUCGUGUGGCCGUCAAGGAACCGAUGGUGAUGAGCAUGAUUCUGGCCAGCACCUCCAGCGAGAUCCACCGAUCUCGUCUACACGAUCAGGACGGCGCACGUGCUGGCAGGGCGGGCGGUGAUUCGUGCGAUCUCGAUGGUCGGUCGCAUUACGGCCGCGCCAUGGCGGGUCUGCGUGACGCCUUGAAACGAGACGUGAACGCGCCGGGCCAGAUCGAGGCCAUCUUCAUCACCCUCUGGCUGAUGGUCGAUUACGAGAACCGGUUUGGGAGCGGCGCGACUGGCAUUAACGUUCAUGUGCGAGGCAUUCUGUCGUUGCUGUUCCAUCAUGUCGUGCCUCUGCUCAAGGGCUCGAAACAGAGUCCGCCGGCGGCGAUCACUUCUGCCCUAAAUCCCGCCGAGACGCCGGCGGAGAGCAGUUCCAUGGUUGAGGGGGACGACGAGAGUCGUCUCCUACCCCAACAGGUGAGCAGUAGUAGCCCGCCCGCGGAGCAGCAUACAGGCAAACUCCGGUCGACGUCGGUGCCGCUGUUUCUGCUCUGGACGCUGUACUUCUUCACACCGGGGGCACUGUUCUGCGGUCCCGGGAGCACGGGCGUGGACGACGUUGACCUCUUUCGCCUCUUCAUCCGUGCGGAAUCAGGAAAGACGGAGCUGAGUUUGCCAGAGCUCUACAAAAUCAGUAGACAGUCGCCGUCACGGUUCUGGGGGGAGACCUAUCCGGCGACGGCCCAAUUGGAUGAUCUGGAGAAUCUCCCUGGCCUGACCUUGUAUCACCGCAGCCAUGUGACCCAAUUCCACAUCACCGAAUUCUACCGACAGGGCAUGCCCAGCUGUUUGUCGCAGUCUGCAUGGGCCCAGAAUUCGUAUCGGCAGAUAGUGGACGAGAUUGCAACGAUAUCCGACGAGUUCGAGCUUCUUCUCUCGUCCGCCAAAGCCGCGCCAUCCUGUGAGAUCGUAGGGGAUGGCCGGAGGGUGAUGGAAACGGUAUAUUGGGCAUCAAUCACUUUCUACAGCACCAUCGUAUACCUUCAUCUCUGCACGGCGGGAACACCGGAGCAGGAGCAGCAAGAAAAACCGGCGCCGGACGAGGAAAAACAAGGCCGGGAGCACCACGGCAGACGCCAACAGCACAUCCAUGCGCGUGGCGAAGCCGUGUCACUGGUGCUAGAACUCGCGUUGAAGUUGCAUCGCAGCCGACCCCGACUGAUGAUUCGGAUCGUGUGGCCCCUGUUCCUGGCCGGUAUCGCCACGCACGAUCCUAUCUAUCAAGAUUGGGUGUCGAUCCGGUUGCGGGAGCUGGGCCGCUACGGGCAGAACUACAGUCGGGUGAGCAGACACUUUGAUGAGAUUAUCCGGGGAAAAGAGGACUCGUUCCGUAUUCUGCAUACUCCUGCGGGAGGGACAGGGAGUACGAGUCUUGCUUAG